AGUAAAAAUGUAUGGGAUUUAUACACCGACUCUGAAACCAUCACUCUUUCUUUAUAUAUAGAUAUGGCUCUCUUGUAGUUAUCUUUCUCUCUUGGGCUUUUUCACUCUUCAAUUCCAUCAGUUCUUCUUCUUCUUCUUCUUCUUCUUUUUAUUCUCUUAGUUUUCAGCAAAAUUCAACGCCUUCUUCAGUAAUGGUGGAUCUUCAAACCGUUUGUUGCAUGUGCGGCGACGUUGGUUUCCCUGACAAACUCUUCCGCUGCAACAAAUGCCGCCACCGCUUUCAACAUUCGUAUUGCAGUAACUACUACAGCGAAUUCGCAGAGCCAAUUGAACUGUGUGAUUGGUGCCAAAGCGAAGAAAGAAACUCAAGGCACGGAAGCUCUUCAAAGAAAUCAUCAGCUGGAAGUGAAACUGGAAUUAUAAACCGAUCCGAGUAUUCGGGUGACAAAAUCAAGCAGCACGAUCGAGACGAGAGUGGUGAUCAUCAGAAAGGAAAGAGCAGUGGAACGCCUUCUCCAAGGCCCACUACACGCAGGUACAAGCUUCUCAAGGAUGUGAUGUGUUAAAACACUUGAAAAAGAAAACCCACCCAAAAAAACAAGUUUGUGUCAAGAAAACUUCCUUGUGUUGAUAGUAGCAAAUGUUUAUAAGUAGUUAUCCAGUGUUUUCUUUUGAGGGUUAUGGAUGAAUUUUGUUUGCAGUAUGGUUUUAACCUUUUCAGUAUGUUAAUAAAAUAAUGUAACUUUAAUCAAAUUGGAUCGGUGGCACCAGUUUUUAAGCUUUUUCUUUUCAAUCCGUUGUCUGCCCCCGUUUGUCCCACUGCUAGAUUUUGAUAUAUUUAGGCUAAGGUGAAGAAAAUUCUUUGAUGCAUGACAGAUGAGAUAGGUUUCAUGCAUGGAAAAUGUUGGAUCAGCUAAUAAAAAAUAUAAUCCACUGACUGACAUAACAAAGUUUGAUAACUUAUUGAAGUCCGGUUGGUCCUUGAGAUAUAAUGAAAUUUUCUUUUAGGCUGAAUUCCGGAUCAGUGACCUAGCUAGCUGCUUUGGAUAAGCAUCAGAGUGAUUAUCUAGCUAAGUUUUUGCUUCGUCAUAACAAAGGGUUAUUGGGAGGAGUUGCACCUUCAUUUCCUUCCACUUUGUUGAGUCUCUUAAGGAGAAUAGAAUGCACUUAAUCGGUUGCCUUUUGGCCAAAGAAUUCAUAGUACCUAAAGCUGCAAAGUUUUACAGAUUCAUUGAAGGCCUUUAAUUGCUAGGCCCUCCCAUUAUUAUUUUAGAGAGGAAAAAAACAAGGAAUUGCCUGCAAAAUGUGUAUUUUUAUAGUAUACUGUAAAAAAAUGUCAACACGCCAUUCCGUGAAGAAGAGAAAAUUAUAUGUGGUAAAUGUUUUAACUUGGGCUUGAACUAGACUACCUUGUUAAGACGGGAGAGGACAGAGGGAGACUUGUUUUUUUCUCGUAAGGAGAUCGUGGCUCCUAGGCCAUUCAUUUAAGUCAUUCGCUGUUGAUAUUUCUAACAUGCUUGUACUGCAGUCUUGACUCGUAGUUGUAUGAAAUAUCUCCGAAGUACACAACGCUGAUAAGGUCUCCUCCACUGUAUCUGUUUUGGCCAUUUAUGAGAAACCAACAAAACCAUUUCUUAUUGGGGCUCUUGAAGUGACAAUGAAGCCAUGACCUUCAUCUACAGAAAUCCCUUUUUUUUUGUUCGAUUUUUAUUCUUACCCUCAGUUGAUGGCACCCAAGGAUUACUCAAUGAUUUCGUUACCAAAUCUCUUCUCUCUCUCUUUUAAUCUUCUUCUACUUUUACUUUCCCUUCCACAAAUUUGGUCUGAGUCAGACCUCUUCAUGUGAACCUGAUUUGAAGAAGAAGGAAAGUCACCAAAUAUAAAACAAUCAUGACCCAAAUUUCUAUUUGUCGAUACUUCCCUUUAUUUCCAAACAAUCAUGAAGAGGAUCACAUGGUCGCUGCUUCCAUUAUCCAACUUACAAGCAACUCGUUAGUAAUAUUUUAGGAUCUUUGUAGAUUAACAUGCAAGGAUCGAAUAUAUGAUUAAUUGUCUGGGUAUCUUAAACAUAUCUUUAUAUUGUUUUAUCAUUCAUUUUUAUCCAGAAGUUUGUCGUUAGGAUUGCAUGUGAGCACGGAUAUCAAAUUCUGUUUAGUUUUUUUACUCUUCAAUAGGGUUUUAAUUUUGAUUUUAUGUUGCAGAAAAAAACAAUUCAUGUAUCUGAUUUUGUACUUGAUCAUAUGUUAUUUCCUUAUAGGGUUCCCAAAAACCAAAAACUUUGUUUCCAUGUUUCUAUAUUUUCUUUCAUGUGUCCAUAACUAAAGAUCUAUAAUUAUACUUAGCUGGAGUACUGAGAUUAUUAGAUGGUUUAUUUCCACAGAUAGAUGAUCAGAUGAUAUCAUCAGGAAACAUUUUAAGUGAUACCACCUAAAAUUUUAACCAACAAAUUAUGAACUUGUGCAUGAUAUAAACUUUAAAUUAUUGAAGAGUUGAGAUAACUUCUUUUGAUUAUGAUUUGGACGUAGCACAAACUUGGUUGGAAUGAUAUUUUGAAUCAGCAGUAUGUAGAUUCUAGCUAGACGAUGUCUAAUUUCAUCGUAACGAUUCCCUCCCCCAAACAUAAACGAAAUUUCUAGGAAGAGUUGAAAGUGAUGAGAACGAUAUAUAUUUUUGCCUUUGUUUCUUUCAUCUUGUAAGUGAAUGUAAAGCUUUUAAAGUAUUGGAAAACAAUUUUCCUUUUGUAGCAGCCAAUCGAAGUCAUUUUCUGAUUGAAGUUAUUAAAUCUAUGUAAGAAUCUUGUAGCACAUUAACUGAAUAAACACAGAUAAUUCCAAGCAGAAAUUGUAGGGGGUGGGGUACAUAUCUCAUUAACUGAUUAUUAUAUAUGUUGGGUGAAGCACUGUUGAUUUGGCCAAAAUAAUAAAGUUGGUGGCCUCGAAUUGCGUAUAAAAUUCAUGCCAAGUACACGUGGACAGUCUUGUGGUUUGGCACUUGGAUGCCAUUAACAUCGAAAUUGUCAACUCCAAUCACCCCCUAAUCUCUAAUGUCUACUCAAUCAUGACAAAAAUGAUGUUACAACAAUUACUGUAAUAAAUCAUUUUUUAAUACACGUUUCAACAGAAGAAAGCAACUAUGAUCUUGGUCAAUUCUCUGUUUGCUUCACUAAAUAUUUAGUUUUUGUACAGCUUUGAUAAACAUACGAGGAUAGAGGACGAUAUUAUAUUGUUUCUCAAUAUAAAAAAGGUAUGGUAAUCAAGGUUUAUUUUUUAAUUUCCUUGAUUCUGGCUCGUUAAUUUGUUUGAGGGGGCGAUUGGCGAGAGACGAGAGAGAGAAUUAAUGGUGGGGGAGCAUUGCGGUCCCCAAGCUAAUAGGGUUAGACUGGGAGAUUGAGUCAGUUUAAUGAGCCUUGCAGCAGGGUUUGUAUAUGAUAGAAAGAAGCUAAACCCCAUGUUUAACAGACAGUACUUGAGACAGGAAGGUCAUUAAUUAUUUAUUUU